GUUACAACCAGUUACCGCAAAAUCAGUUUGCAAAGUACAGGGUUUGUGCCAUAUUUAAAAAAUAUAUAUAUCAUUAUUUUUCGGAAGAGAGCUUCACGAGACCUCUUUUACUCCUUUCAUUUUGCUCACUGCGACUUAUUGCCUCCUUAUUAUUCGAAUAUUCGAUAUUUGAUACGGAAUGAGAAUCGCAUGGAAUGAUGGGUUGUUGUUCAAGAAACGCCACACUGCAUUCAGCUCAUAGGGGCGGCAUUGAAUUACAUCGUGUCGUCGUGCUCUCGGGCUGUGUUAAAGCCAUAUGCAUACUCUAAAACGAUUCAGUGCUCCUCUGGGAGUAAUUUUACGAUCAGCUAGGGGAUUAAGAAUUGCUGACAAAAAAGGAAACUGGCAUCUUGGCUUGAGACGGUUUUCUUUCUGUUCCUCGGACACGUCUUUCAACCCCAUAACGAGCGCCCUUUUGGAAAACGACAAAAUCAAAGUCCAGUGGCAAAACGGACAGCAUUCUGAGUUGCAUAAUGUGUGGCUGAGAGACCACUGUAACUGCGCCAAAUGUCUAAACCAGGAGACGUUUCAGAGAGAACUUGAUUUACUGGAAAUCCCACUGGACAUCAAACCAAGCAGUGUUACGACCACUGGUGACAUUCUGGAGCUGAAAUGGUCAGAUAAUCAUGUGACUGUCUUCAAUUCUGAUUGGYUAAUAGAGCAUGCAUAUAAACCAGGUAUGGCGACGAGGGUUGAAGAUUGGGUGGAGCCAGUACUCUGGGACGGGUCAAUUAUUUCRUCAGUCAAACUCCCAAAUAUUACAUUUGAGUCAGUGUUACAAAAUGAGAAAGAACGUUGCAGGGUGUCCAACUUAAUAGAAAAGUAUGGAUUCGCUUUUGUGCAUGAAACUCCAACAGAUGUGUCAUCCAUAGAAAAGCUAUCCAAUGCCUUGGCAGGAUUUGUGCGCGAAACAAAUUAUGGACGGUUAUGGGAAUUUUCUAAUGAAGUUAUGGACCAUGCUGACACUGCAUAUACAGCACAACACUUGGAGGCUCACACAGAUAAUACCUACUUUACAGACCCCGCUGGACUGCAGCUGUUACACUGUACUUUCCAUGACGGAAAAGGUGGAGAGAGUCUGUUAGUGGAUGGGUUUCAUGCUGCUGAAGUCCUGAAGCAAACAAACUUGGAAGCCUUUGAAUUUCUUUCUUCCCACGAGAUUCCUUUUCAUUUUAAAGAUGACAAGAUUCAGUUUAAGGCAAAUGGACAUGUGAUUGAACUUGACCCAUUCACAAAUGAAGUAGCCCGCAUACGUUUUAACAUGUACGACAGAGAUAUCCUAAAUUGCCUGCCAGCUGAAGAUGUCACGAAGUUUUACGGCGCAUUUAAGGCCUUUGCUUCUGUCAUACGAAACCCAGAGAAUGAAUACUGGUUCAAGUUGACGCCUGGCAAGUGCUUGGUGAUGGGUAACUGGAGAGUCAUGCAUGGUCGCAGCGGAUUCACAGGUUUGAGAAAAAUGCAAGGCUGUUAUAUUAAUAGAGAUGAUUUUCGCAGUCACUUCAGACCAAAAUAUCAGAUUUACAAAAAUCAACUAGACUGAAAUUCCAACAAUUCCAACAAUUCCUCCCCUACCAUCAAAUAAAUAUGCAUGCUACAAGUAAAUUGCAAAUAGAGGUUUUGCAGUAUCACAUGCCCAUCUAAUAACACUGCUUGGACUGCCUGUGGUUAGAUGGCAGAACAAUAUCCCUUUGCUCUCGGGAAUUGAAUUCUUUCUCAUGUAAAACAAUUGUAUUAUUCCUGCCAUCUAAUAUGGCUGCCGUCAUGUGGUGGUGCAAAAUCUCUUUAGUAGUAGUAAUAAAAGGCUAUAAUUGAGUGUUUAUAUAGAGCAUCCUGAAAACCUAGAUGCACUUUUAAAUUAAGCCCUCCUCAGGCAUCCCAGCCACUUUUUAGACAAAUUUGAUAGGAAAUAUAGGCUGUGCAAGUUCUAAAUAUAGGAAAAUAUAGGAUUUUUU